AUGAAGAAAAAGAUUGGUUAUGGAGUUCAGGUGGUGGCGGCGAUGGAAGUUUCAGGGAUGAGGAAGACGUGGGGAGACGACCAAGACAUAAAGGCAUUUUGGGGUCGUAUACGCGAUAAGUUUUUCGCUGCAAUGGGUCGUGGCGUGUAUCGAGCCCCCGACUCUUUUUCGGGAAAGUGGGGGGCUUUGAGGACGAAGGUUAGCAACUUCAACAGCAUAUACAAUAACCUCGUCAAUAACACUCGAAGGAGAAGUGGUGCGAGCGAUGUCUAUAUCAUGACCGAAGCCCACACCGAGUAUAGAAUGCACCAUGGGCAUAUGUUUAACCUGGUAACCACAUGGGAGCUUCUUCGCAAAUCUCCAAAGUGGCACCUUGUGCCACCGUUCGACCCAACCCGCCCUAGAUCCAAACGGUCCAAAUCGACAUCCACCACCGAACCUUCUGGGUCAGAUGCUCGUACAGUAAUUAAUCUAAACGAGGAUGCUGACGAGUUUGAAGAACCCCAAGAGCUGCCUCGUCCAACUGGUAGGUAUAAAAGUAAAGCCAAGGCAAAGGCACGUGGAAAGUCUACUUAA